AUGCCACAAGCAGAUCCGAAGGACAAGAUUCAUGCCUUGUUACAGGGUAUAGAAGCUUAUAAUCCUGAGCAUCUGCCUAUGCUCAAAAAGCACUUAGCAUGGCAAAUCAAAGAAAAUGAGUAUGAUUUCGAGGCAAAUCUUGUCAUGCUUCGAUUAUACCAAUUCAAUCCCGAUCUAUUCGAUGUUGACGCAGUACGACUAAUAUUGCUCAAGGCGAUAGGCAAUCUUCCUUUUACGGACCUUACACUGUACAAGUACCUGAUUCAUACCGAGAGAGAACCCAUCCGUACGAUUAUUACCCUUGGGACGCUUCUUGAAACCUGCCAAUUCCAGAAGUUUUGGGAAAGUUAUGCGGAAAACAAAGAUGUUGUUGGCAACAUUUCAGAUUGGACCAGCUCUGUAAGAAGCUUCAUUGCGUAUGUAAUCGAUACGACGUACGAGCGCAUCUCUAAGAGCCUGCUAAUGGCCCUGUUAGACAUCAAAUCGAAGGGGGAGCUGACUUCUGUGGUUGAAACGCGUCAUUGGAAGCUGCUACCUCCCUCAUCGAAGGAGGGGGAGGGAAAGGAUGAUGAGGAGUGGAUCUUCAUCACUAACCACGAGGCUUCAGUGAAGUCGACCAACAUCAAGGAGAAGGUCACCUUCGACGCUAUGGCACGCAGUGCUCACGCCUUUAAACCUUCUGUCGGCCAGUUCUUCAUUCAAGAGCCAGAUAAACAGACCGCAUGA